AUGCCGAGAAGCUCUCAGGACUUAAAGGAGGCCUCUACGUGCCCAGAAGUCAGAGUGGUUCAUGUGUUUCGACGCGCCUUUAAUUUCUCUCCAACAAUGAGGUCGCAGUUGCUCUCUCUUACUGUUUGGUUGCUCGCUCACAAAGUCGUUGGGGCUGCUCUAGGGAAAGCUCCGGAAUUUGCGACCGUCGUUACGCCCAGAACUGUUCUGGCGAAUAGCUAUGAUUUCAUCAUUGCUGGCGGGGGGAUAUCUGGGCUAACUGUUGCUGAUAGACUGUCAGAGGACCCAUCAGUCAAGGUCUUGGUUAUCGAGGCCGGCAUUUUCGAUCAGGAUGAAGACAACAUCUUGAUUCCAGGACAGUUUUUCACCCCGUUCCCAUUCCAGUACAUGUAUCUUCCGUUGCCCAGCGUUCCACAGACGGCUUUGAACAACAGGUCAUUCAAUGUGCCGGCUGGGAAGGUGGUUGGUGGUGGCUCGGUCCUCAAUGCUAUGGUGUAUAGCGAAAAUUUCACCGCUCCAGAUCCUGCAUAUGCAGCUGCUGCGAACUUUUCAUUUGAUCCCUCUGUUCAUGGGACAACCGGGCCAGUGCAGGCUUCAUUUCCGAGCUUCCACUUUGAAGGAAGUGGCAUUUGGUUUGAGGCCGCAAUCUCAUCAGGCCUUCGUGCUGGCGGUGAUCCACAUGCUGGUGAUGGCUCAGGCGUAGUUUAUGUCCCCUCCGUUACCUCUGGGACCACGAGAACUAGAAGCCAUGCUCGACUGAACCAUUUCACACGUGUCCAGCCGAGACCAAACUACCACAUCCUAGCCGGGCAUACCGUUGCCAAAGUGCUGUUCGAUAACACCAAGAAGGUGACUGGGGUUGAAUAUCUACCAACUGGAGGCGGGGAGCGUCUUACAGCUCAAGCCACAAAGGAGGUUCUCCUUGCGGGAGGCGCCGUGCAUACACCUCAGAUCCUGCAGCUUUCUGGGAUUGGUCCCAAGAAGGUUUUGAACAAGUUCAAUAUCCCAAUCGUGGUCGAGCUUCCCGGCGUAGGAGCCAACUUUCAUGACCAACCUAGCAUCAUCAUUCCAUACAAUGGCACGUGUGUACCUCUCAGUUUACCUUGUUACUUGAGUGCUAACUUGAACCUGGCAGUCACCAACAACAUCUCGCCAAACGUGGGAACCCUAAACUCGGAUCCAGUCUACGACGCUGAGCAGCGAGCUCUUUACGAUGCAACUCGCCAAGGUCCUUACCAGCUUACUCGUGGUCUCAGCACCAACCUUGCGCUCCCUCCCCUCUGCAACGCAACUUCUGAUUGCAAAUCCAUCGUCUCUGCGGCUCGCAGAACCAACCCCUUUCGAUACCUUCCUGAUGAUACCCACGCCACCGUCAAAGCAGGCUACGCUCUUCAACGCGAAAUCAUUCUUCGACAACUGGAGGGCCCCAAGACUCCCGUGUCGAUGAUUCAUUGGGAUACCGCCAACUCCGUCAGGAUGUACUUCUUCAAGCCUCUGAGCAGGGGGACUGUUCAGAUCAACUCUACCAAUGCACUCGAGUGGCCACUGAUUGACUUUCGCACAAACGUCGAUCCCAUUGACGAGGAUUUGAUUGUGGCCUCGUUCCUCAAAAACAGACACAUCAUGUCUCAGCCCAGCAUGGCUGCGUUGAAUCCCCUUGAGGCCGCACCGUUUAGCAAUGACAUCACCGAUAAGAAUAUCCUCAAGCAAAUACUGAGAGGGGUCACUGAGCCGUCGAGUGCCCAUCAGUGUUGCACGGCAGCCAUGAUGCCGAGACUACUGGGCGGCGUGGUGAACUCCAAAAUGAAGGUGUAUGGCGUCAGGGGCUUGAGAGUGAUUGAUACGAGCUACUGGCCUAUUGUCUUGACUGCUGCACCUACAGCCACGACUUAUGCUUCCGGCGAGAAGGUACGCAAUGCUUUCCCUCUCGGGCAAAAGUGUUUCAGGACUGACCGAAGACACAGAUUGCGGACGCUAUCAAGGCGGAAUAUGGGCUACAGAGUCUCUAAUGACCGCUGGGAAAGAGAAGCAUGA